AUGGUGCGAUUCGUACUUUUUCCUCCCAGGCCGGCAGGAGCAUCGAGGGACGGGCGGCAUUUUCUUCGACGACUUGGAAGCGCUUGAGGGCGGGGGGGAGGAAGCGGGGGAGGAAGCGGGGGAGGAAGGGGUAGAAAGGGCGCGCAUGUUCACCGAGGCGGUCGCCCGGAGCUUCAUGCCCAGCUACCUGCCACUGCUCUACGACAGGGGCGUCAAAUUCGGACUGGCAGGGGGGCGCUUCGAGAGCGUUAUGGUCUCAGCCCCACCUAUGGCAGCCUGGAAGUACAACCACACGCCUGAAGAAGGCAGCGAGGAGGCUCGGCUUCUAGCAAUCCUCAAAACUCCUCGAGAUUGGGUUUGA